UUUUUUAAGAAAGUUAUACUUCCAAUUUCAUUUCAUACCACUUUUCUGAAAGUAAGAAAGGAAAAGUGUUAAUAUCACACAAAAUCUUGUUUUGCCAUUACUCCGAUCAACACAUCUGGUUCAGACCUUAAAACGAAAAGGAUAAAAAAGAAAAGCCAAAAACUGUUGAGUGUUGAAAUAUAAGCAGCUAUUUUCUGGGCACGAGCAAAAUAUUUCAGGUUUAGAGAGAAAGAGAGUGAGAAGAGAGGGAAAUAAGAUGAAUAUAUUCAGGCUAGCUGGGGACAUGACUCAUUUGGCAAGUGUUCUUGUCCUGCUCCUCAAGAUUCACACUAUUAAAUCUUGUGCAGGCGUUUCUCUGAAGACCCAGGAGCUCUAUGCUAUCGUUUUUGCUACUCGCUACUUGGAUUUAUUUACAAACUAUGUAUCUCUUUAUAAUACACUGAUGAAAAUAAUAUUUUUGGUGAGCUCUUUCUCAAUUGUCUGGUAUAUGAGGCGGCACAAGAUUGUGCGCAGAUCAUACGACAAAGACCAGGACACUUUUCGCCACUAUUUCCUUAUUGUACCGUGUUUGCUAUUAGCCCUGGUCAUAAAUGAGAAGUUUACCUUUAAAGAGGUUAUGUGGGCUUUUUCCUUGUACCUGGAAGCUGUUGCCAUCCUUCCUCAGUUGGUCUUGUUGCAGCGAACAAGAAAUAUCGACAACUUGACCGGGCAAUAUGUUUUUCUUCUAGGUGCUUACCGAGCAUUCUACAUUUUGAACUGGAUUUACCGUUACUUCACUCAGCCACACUUUGUCCACUGGAUAUCUUGGGUAUCAGGGCUUGUCCAGACCUUGCUUUAUGCUGAUUUCUUUUAUUACUAUUUCCAAAGCUGGAAGAACAAUGCAAAGCUUGAAUUACCUGCUUGAGCUCAUGUUGUGCACAAAAAUAUUUGAGGCCAAGAUUUUCAAGCAGCAUGAGCAAGAUACUCUAGAAGGUACUUGGCAUGUGGUUUUGUUUAUGCCUAUCUUAUGCUGAACCAUUGGAUUUGGACAAGAGAUGAGAUCCCGUUAGUUGUUUAUCAGAUAUAUGAAGUGACUUAAUACGUUGUUGUAAUGUUGAGGGAAGUAUUAUAUUAUACAAGCAAGAAUGACUAUUGGUGUUGCAGCAGAACUUAUACCCAACUUCUUCAGUAGACAGAUAUAACUUGCCAUUUUCUUUUUUCCCAAUGGAAAAAGAACAAACAUGUGUUUACUAUAUCUUCAAUGAUUUAUUAGUAUUUAACUGUAGCA